AUGAGCACGGCGGCUCUUCAACAAUCUUCAACCGCAUCUAUCAGUCUACCUCCCAUCAGCAGCAUUGACUUCCACACACAUCUUGCUCAACAACGGUCGUCGGAAGAUGUGGUACAACCGCUGCCACCUCCUCCACCGGCAGCGCCGCGCGUGCUACCACCGCUUCCGUACCCCUACGCCGCAGCACGACCUGCGCCUCCACCUCCACCUCCACCGCCUAUGGCACAUGAAUACAUGCAUGCAAGACCAAUUUACCCGGGGAUUCCAUCAAGCUACCAGCCAAUGCCUGCGCGCAUACCGCUGCCGUCGACGACAGACCCCAACCUGAUUGUGGCUCCUACUCGACACAAGGCGAAAGAAGUGAAGAGACGGACAAAAACAGGAUGUUUGACAUGUCGCAAACGGCGCAUCAAGGUGAGUUGA